CCCAAAAUGAACAACUCGCCGCUGACAACCGUUAUCGAAGAGACAUCGAGUGCAGGUACAACAACAACAACCCAGGAACCUAGCUCUACGCCGCCUGGCUCUGUGCAGCAGGGGAUUGAACUUGGUGAUACGGACGAUUGGCAUUGCUCUGAUUUCUUACAUUGUCUUGGAGCGGGAGAUCCAGAAGGAAUUAUCCAGUGCGAUGUCGCUACUCAGCAAGUCUGCCCAGGGUUGGCGGCCGCGAAUUUAAAUACACCAAAUUCUUACGUCAAUGAUGGUGUUCACGCCGGUGAAGAUCGAACUCGAACUUGCGGUAAUUGCAGGCUGCAUGAAGGGCAUCCUUUGUUUCCAAACAGGCUUGCACUCAUCAAUAGUUAUUCCAAUGUUGAUCUUGGAAGCGGUAUUCGCAGCCAGCUUUGUCGCAGUUGCAUCUACGAUGAAGUAGAACUAUAUUGGUUACGUCAAGGAACACUCAACCCCAUGAAUGCCAGGUCGAGUCAGCAUAUACGACAAUGGCCUGCAGCAAACGGCUAUCAAAACCUUUGCAUGUGCGAAGGAUGGACAGUUGAUACUCCUGCAAUCGACUGUUGCCAUGCCUGCCGCGACAGGCUCUUCUUUGAAUUGUGUUUCAAUCCCUUCCAGAUGACCGAAGACGUUCUCCACAGCUGCGUCCAGCCCGUCAUAAAAGGAGCCCGGCUUUAUGUCAACCAGGAUCAUGGACGCUCCAUGCGCGUCUCCGCCGCCACCAUCCUCAGACGCCGAGAUCAGGGUAUCGGCCGCAUGUGUCCUUGCGGUAAUAAACCAAAACGGCCAAGUGUACCCGAGUACAUCACCUAUUGCAUGGCUUGCUCGGGCGUCCGAAUCGUCCCUAAUUUUUUGCCGCGGGACUUGCGACAAGGACCUGUUAUGGCUAGGUAUGAGAGACGUCAGAGUCUGAGGAAUAGCGGGUUUAAGAGGACAAAAGGGCCUGGAGCCGCACGGAGACAUCCAACAUAUAGGGUUAAUAUCGAGCGUGCGUGGAUGACACCUGAUCCAGAGAUUGGGGGAACGUAAUUGUAGUAGUAAUGAGCUAAAUACAUGUUAAGAUUUGUACGAUGAAGACAAGGGGAACUGGAUAAUUGUGUGUUUUGGAUAGUCGCUGUUGUUUCGAGUAUUUAGAGUUAUGUACGAUAGUUU